CCAAUAUUUCCGGACAAAAUCGUCGUCCACGGAACCCAUUCUCUCAAGAUCACCAUCAACCCGUAGGAAGCACUGUUUCGCUUGCAACGUCCCAUGAAGGUGCGAAGUUUCUGGGUUGAUGCUCUGUGCAUCGAACAGAAGGAUGACGACGAGAACUCAAAGCACAUACCCCUGAUGGCCCAGGACUACCGUGGCUGCGCCUCGGUACUGGUUUGGUUGGAGACUUCGCUCCAUGGUGCUUCGCACAUGAGACAGAUUGCACUUCUGACACGCCAGAAAUCUCCUUGGAAGGAAGCUGCCAUAGCCACAGAGCAGGCUCUGGAGGGCCUGAUGUCCCUUCCUUGGUUCAGUCCACGCUGGGGUUUACAAGAGGUGUUAUUAAACCCGAACGCUAUUCUGUUUUGCGGAAAUUAUUCCAAUCCAUGAAUGCGAAUUCUCAAGAUAAUUGUCUUGAUUCCGAUCUCUGAGGAACCAUCAAGCUCACUUGCAUCACGUGCUACCAUUGGAAAGACAUGGGUUUGGGUACGAGUAUGGCA